GCGAUCGGAGCGGCUCCGAAGCCGCCCGUAAAUCCAAGUUUCCCCCCAUUCCCAUGGCUGCGGCUGGGAAUGACAGCGGAUCCAUCCCUGCGCUGGAGCCGUGCCAGAAGUUUCUCAUCUCGCUGCCUGCGGGCUGCUCGCUCCCGCUCCGGCUCUUCCCAUUUUUUUCCCUCCCUCUCUUUGAGGUUUUCCUGGUGCCUUUAGGGUGAGCUCCCGUCUCCUGCUAUUCCGCGGGAGGCAGCGCCGCGAGGAGCCGCGUUCCUGCCUCCUUUUCCUGGGAAACUUCACCAUGCGGCUGGAAGAACUCAGGAGGCUCCAGCACACUCUGGAACACGUCAAUGAUGGCAAAGACUCACUCCAAAGCCAUCAGCUCGCCAUGGAUGAAGAAAAUAAUAUCCAGGAAUAUCCUAUCAACAUCCAGCCCUUGGAAUCCAAAGUGAAAAUCAUCCAGCGAGCAUGGCGUGAGCACCUGCAGCGCCAGGACCUGUCCCCAUCCCCGGAGCUACGGGACAAGGACAGCCUGUCCUCAAUGUCCCCAACGUCCCCAAGGUCCCCAGGGUCCCCAGCAUCGCCGGCCUCGGGCAAGAUGAGCAGGUCUGUCAGCAUGAACACCUUCUCCGACAGCAGCACCCCCGAUUCCCGGGAGGAUGGCAUGGAUUUAGGCAGCGACGCCGGCAGCAGCCGCUCCAGCUCGGAAUCCAACUCCAGCAAAGCCACGCCGUGCUCGGAGGGCAAGUCCUCGCCGUCCCCCGGCAGCCUGGACCUGGCGGCGCUGGAGGACUCGGAGGAGGAGGAGGAAGAGGAGGAGGACGGGGGGUCCCCGCCGUCCCCGCCGCGCUGCCCGGCCGCCCAUGGGCGCCGCUGCGGCCCCGCGGCCGCCGCUGCCCGGCGCUGCCCCCCGCCCGCGGCCCCCGCCCCGCUCGGACCCCGCGCAGCGGCGGCGCGGAGCGGCCGCGGGGCCCGGCGGGCGGCG